GGGGAGAGCCGAGCGCUGGUACUGAUGCUGCCUCCAUCUCUACAAGGGAUUUAAUUCAGGGAGUCGAGCUGACCGGAGAGCAGUAUUCCACCAGACAAAGGUGAUAUACCUCAACCAAUUAACCUCAGAGAACGCCAAUCAAAAACCUCAGCAUCAUGACUCUUGCUGCCUACAAGGAGAAGAUGAAGGAGCUUCCUCUAGUGUCUCUUUUCUGUUCCUGUUUCCUCUCCGAUCCCUUAAAGAAGCAAACUUACAAAUAUGAUGCAGACACUGUGGAUCUCACAUGGUGCGUUAUCUCAGACAUGGAAGUCAUAGAGUUAAAUAAGAGAGCCUCAGGACAUGCCUUCGAAGUCAUCCUAAAACCACCUUCAUUUGAGGGAGUCCCAGAGUUCAAUGCUUCUCUACCCCAGCGAAGAGACCCAUCCUUAGAAGAGAUUCAGAAGAAACUUGAAGCAGCUGAAGAAAGACGCAAGUGUCAGGAAGCCGAGCUUCUCAAGCACCUGGCAGAGAAAAGGGAACACGAGCGUGAAGUCAUCCAGAAAGCGAUAGAAGAAAACAACAACUUCAUCAAAAUGGCCAAAGAAAAACUAACACAGAGAAUGGAAGUCAACAAGGAGAACAGGGAAGCUCACUUAGCCGCCAUGCUUGAACGUCUGCAGGAGAAGGACAAACAUGCAGAGGAAGUAAGGAAAAACAAAGAACUUAAGGAAGAAGCUUCGAGGUAGAAGCUGAUGAUGAAUUUCACAAUUUGGACUGAGGAAUCCACAAGGUGCCCCGAGCAGCACAGCACAAUGUCAAGCGACUGAGACUCUUUUGCUUUGUUUGUUUGUGAAUGUCAAGAGAUGACCGGCAAAGCCAACCUUUUCUAAGACAGCUUAGGGAGGGCGUUGGGAUGAUGUAACGGGAAGGGUUGGCCAUCUCAUCCGCAAGUCCUAAAGAGUUAAACCCAUGAACCCUGCCUUCGACAUUAACUUCACAUCAAUGCGUUUAUUCAGAAUGGAUAGGUGAUGGGGAAAGCGCCGGUGGUUUUCGGGCUACCGUACCGCAGAUGAACCAACCGAUCUCCGUGUCUGCUUUAGACAGGGCUGUUU